AUGUCCCUUUCAACGCCCCAGGUCAUCCUCAUCACCGGCGCGUCAGGCGGUAUCGGGCGCGCAUGCGCCGUCGCCCUCUCAAAGGCGUACCCCGAGUGCGUCCUCGUCCUCUCUGGACGGCGGGAGGACGCUCUCCUCGCAACCGCCGAGCUGUGCGGCAAGACGGAGAUUGCGGUGGGAGACGUGAGCAAGGACGACGAUGUGGCCGCCAUGUUUGAGAUGGUGCGCAGCAAGUACGGGCGCUUGGAUGUGUUGUUCAACAACGCGGGCGUCGACCUCCUCCCCUCAACCCCCCUCGAGGAGGCAGACAUGUCGACCUUCCGCCGCGCCCUCGACAUCAACAUCAUGGGUGCGGUCCUGUGUACCGCCCACGCCAUCAAGCUCAUGCAAUCCUCCGGCGGCCGAAUCAUCAACAACGGCUCCAUCUCAUCCACCUCGCCGCGCCCCGACUCGGCCGCCUACACAAUCUCGAAACACGCAAUCCUCGGGCUGAGCAGAAGCACAUCGCUCGACGGCAGGAAGUAUGGCAUCAAAUGCACGCAGCUGGACAUCGGGAAUGCCGCGACCGACAUGAUCGCACAUGCGGCCAAGGGAUGUCGGCAGCCGGACGGGAGUCUGCGGCCGGAACCAAUGAUGCGUGUCCAGAAUGUCGCUGACACCGUGGUGUUUCUGGCGGGCAUCGGGAGCGAGGCGGACGUGCAGAGGAUGGAGAUCUUGGCGGCGGGGAUGCCGUUCGUUGGCCGCGGCUGA